ACCCGGAAGCAGACUCCAGUCGCGAGCUGCUUCCCAUCGGAGGAGUAAAGAUGGCUGACCAGGGCGCCGCAGAUCCCGCUAACGACAACAAUCAAGCCGACGCCGCGGAGGGAACCAUCAUUAAGGUCACCGUAAAGACCCCCAAAGACAAGGAGGAAAUCGCCAUCGCGGAAGAUUCGUCCGUCACGCAGUUCAAGGAGGAGAUCUCCAGGCGGUUCAAAGCCAAGCAGGAUCAGUUGGUUCUGAUCUUCGCUGGGAAAAUCCUGAAGGACGGUGACAGCCUGAGCCAGCACGGCAUCAAGGAUGGCUUGACGGUGCACCUGGUCAUCAAGACGGCCCAGAAGACGUCAGAUGGCGGCAGCUCUUCGGCCUCAAAUUCCUCGCCCACCCCUGCAGGGAGCACCAACGCCUCCAAUCCAAGCACCACGCCUUCCUCCGCGGCCGGGUCCACGGCCGGCUCGGCCCCGCCUCCCACGCAGACGCCGAACCUACUGAGCGGUUUCGGUGACCUUUCCAACCUGGCGGGUCUGGGCAUGGGCACGUCCAACUUCAUGGAGCUGCAGCAGCAGAUGCAGCGGCAGCUCAUGUCCAACCCGGAAAUGCUCUCGCAGAUCAUGGAGAACCCGCUGGUGCAGAACAUGAUGUCCAACCCGGACCUGAUGCGGCAGAUGAUCGUGUCCAACCCGCAGAUGCAGCAGCUGAUGGAGCGCAACCCGGAGAUCUCGCACAUGCUCAACAACCCUGAGCUCAUGAGACAGACCAUGGAGCUCGCUCGCAACCCCGCCAUGAUGCAGGAGAUGAUGCGCAACCAGGACCGGGCGCUCAGCAACUUGGAGAGCAUCCCGGGGGGAUACAACGCCUUGCGCAGGAUGUACACCGACAUCCAGGAACCGAUGUUCAGCGCGGCCAGAGAGCAGUUCGGCAACAACCCCUUCUCGGCCCUCGGCGGCGGCUCCGAGUCGGGCGCUCAGCCGUCGCGGACGGAGAACCGCGAGCCCCUGCCCAAUCCCUGGGGUCCGUCCAACGCCUCGAACCCCGCGGAGAGCGGCGGCGGCGGCGGUGGUGCCGGCGGCACGGCGGGAGGUCAAGGCGCCCCCGCCGCCGGCACCAAUCCCACCGUUUCCAACCCGCUGGGCGUCAACCCCAGCAGCCUGGGAAACGGAAUGUUCAACAGUCCGGGCAUGCAGAGCCUCUUGCAGCAGAUCUCCGAAAACCCUCAGCUCAUGCAGAACAUGCUGUCCGCUCCUUACAUGCGCAGCAUGAUGCAGUCGCUAACUCAGAACCCAGAGUUGGCCUCCCAGGUCAUGAUGAAUAAUCCCUUAUUUGCCGGAAACCCACAGCUGCAGGAACAGUUCAGGUCUCAGCUUCCCAUCUUUCUGCAGCAGAUGCAGAACCCAGACGCGCUGUCCGUGAUGACGAACCCGCGCGCCAUGCAAGCCCUCAUGCAGAUCCAACAGGGCCUGCAGACGCUCCAAACAGAAGCACCGGGCCUCAUGCCCAGCUUGAUGUCAGGUGGCCUUCCCGGGAGUAUCCCCGGUGGCAUUCCCGGCGUCCCCACGGGCGGCAGCGCGCCCGCCGAGAACCCCGCGUCCUCUCCCAGUAGUGCCGGGACGCCGCCAAACGCCACUCAGCAGCAGCAGCUGAUGCAACAGAUGCUCCAAAUGUUCGCCGGGGGAGGCGUGGGAGGCGGCGCACCGAACCAGACCCCCGAGGUUCGGUUCCAGUCCCAGCUGGACCAGCUGAACGCCAUGGGCUUCAUCAACCGCGAGGCCAACCUGCAGGCGCUCAUCGCCACCGGCGGGGACAUCAACGCCGCCAUCGAGAGACUUUUGGGCUCGCAGCCCUCGUAAAGACACGCACACACACACACACACGCACAUGCAGUACAUACUGGUGCCCUCCAUACGCGCGCGCACACACACACACGCAGCCCCCCCCCCCCCAAUUCACAGACUAAAAGCAUCGCGUAUACCCCCCCCCCCCAACUUUACAAAGACGCCUCGGUCAAGAUCUGCCACCACCAUCCCCGCUCCAUUGCAAUAAUUUCCCUUUUUAUUUCUUCCCAUCAUCCACUCGGGUGUCCUUUUCGGGUGGUCUCAUUUGUUUAUAGACAAUAAGCGGGACAGCUCUUAAGUUCCGAGAGGUCGAAGCGGGCGACGCGACCGGUUGGCCGUCGGCGGCGGCGGCCGCGCGCUAGCUCGAGCGGCCUCGUCCGUUCACGCGGCCGGCCGCUUUCCGUUCUCGCUAAAAGCGAGCGUUCUCCGCACGAUGCCCUCCACGCGUGUAGUUUUGCCAUUCCGGGUUCAAGGGGAGGAAAAAGUGUCUUUGUGUGUCUGAGGCGCCGCUGUUGUGCCUUUAGUGCCCCCCCCCCCCCCCCCCGCCCCCCCUCCCUCUUUCGAUGCCAGACCUCCACAAGUGUGUGUGUGUGUGGUGUGUGUGUGUGUGUGUGUGUGUGGCCGGGUGGGAAAAGGGGUGCGGUCUCGAGUUAAAAUCCACACACCCGCACGUCACAAGACUUUACUUAUCGGUCGACGGCGCCAACACAAAUGAAGCAAAAUGAACACUUUUGUUUCAUUUUAAUCUGAUGAUUUACUUUUGUUCCUUUUUUUUUUUUUUGUUGUUUUUUUUUGUUUUUAAGGGGCAUUUAAAUUAAACAAUGAUGUUCAGUUGAAUCGGUUGGCCUCACAAAGCAAUUCUAGUAUGGUGGCCCUACCAUACCCCCCCCCC